AUGCCACCCACUCAAUCCAAAAUCGACUCGCGCGCUGCGACACUCCUCUUGAAGAAGCACAAAACCACGGUCCUUCUGAUGAUUCAACCCCACGAAACACUCGAUUACCUCAAAGAGAUCUUGCUACAAGCUUUGAAGUCGCGUGCUUUGAAUGAAAUCAGCGGCGACUCUGUUCCUGAUGACUCUUUUGAUAUCGAGCUUGGUGUGCCAGUGGAUCGUGCAGACCUUGAGAAAGGUUGGAGAUCUCUAGAAACAGACCUAGCAGAACUUGCCGAAGAAGGCGCCCAGACGAAGAACAAAGGAAAAUCAAGGAAAGAAUCGCCCACUAUAUUGGAGACAGGCAUCCAAAGUGGUCACACUCUUGCAUUCCGCUUCCGCAAGAACGAGGGUCAAAGUCAUGAUCAAAUAGAUCUAGUAACGGAGGACCCGGGCUGGGAUGUCAUCAUUCCAAGCUACGACGACGAGGAAAUGUGA